AUGUCUACUAACCCGAACCCCCAAAAUAUUUCAUAUCUCAAAACUCUCACAUUGAAUAUUCUUAAGAAUGGCUCCCCAGAUAUUAUUGCAAAAGGCGUUGAAGUUCCAGAACUAGAUCCAUGCUCAAGGUCUAAAGAAGAGCUUUUUUUGUACGAACUUAAAAAACCAUUUACAGCACUCAUCUGUGGUCACAUAUUUCAUCAUAGCUGUCUUGAGGAUUAUAUAAAAGAUCUUCUGCAAUGCCCAAAGUGUGCAAUGGAAAUUGAAUCUAUUGAUUAUGUGCAUUCUGACACUUCUGAGCAAAGUACCUUGGACCUAAUGCAAAUUUCACCACAAAUGACAUCUAGUCAAAACCCAAAUACAGUAACCCCAUAUACAUCUCUUAUUUUUAACCCUACCUUAUCAUAUGAUCCAACAACAUAUCCAAAUUAUGUAGACCUUACCAAAAUAAAGAGCCUAGAUCUAAAAAAAGAUUACAUGAUGAAA